AUGAGCCAAGGUCGAUCUAUUGCCGUUGCCUUUCAUAAGCAAACUGAGAAGGAGAAGAAUGAGCACCGAAUACUAUUAAAUGCUUCAAUUAAGGCUUGUAGAUUCUUGUUGAAGAAUGCAUUGCCCUUUCGCGGUCACGAUGAAUAUGAAAUGUCUAUUUCUAAAGGCAUGUUCUUAGAAAUAUUAGCCUUAAUUGGUGAUUGCAAGGAGGAUGUAGUUGAUGAGUCUAGUGACGUUUCUAAGAAGAAACAAAUGGCGGUGGUUUUACGAUAUGUUGAUGCACGUGGUAUUGUUAARGAGAGAUUUUUUGGUAUUGUUCAUGUGACGGGGACAUCUUCUUCAAUUCUUAAAUCUGCCAUUGAUACUUUAUUUGCUGAAAAUGGAUUGAGUUUGAAACAGGUAAGAGGGCAAGGUUAUGACAGAGCAAGCAAUAUGCACGGUGAGUUCAAUGGAUUAAAGGCCUUGAUCUUGAAUGAAAAUAGCUCGACAUAUUAUAUCCAUUGUUUUGCUCACCAACUUCAAUUAAUCGUUGUAGCGGUAGCAAAUAAGUAUGACGGAGUUGAGAACUUUUUUAAUAUGUUAGGAAUGGUGAUCAAUGUGGUGAAUGCUUCUUGUAAGCGUAAAGUCAUGCUUCGACAAAGUUACAAAGAUAGAGUGCAAGAAGCAAUUGGUAAGUGUGAAAUUGAUACUGGAACAGGGAAAUACCAAGAGCUUUCUCUUAUACGAGCCGGAGAUACACGGUGGGGUUCUCAUUACAAAACCAUUUUGAGAUUGAUUGCUUUGUUUCCAAAUGUUGUUGAAGUGCUCCAGUAUGUUGAAGAGGACGGGGAUAAUGGCUUUAGUCGCACUCAAGCAACUGAUUUAUUGAAGUUGAGUGAGUUGUAUUCUCAAGAUUUUAGUCAUAUGGAAAGGAUCGCUCUUGAGAAACAAUUUAACAUGUACUAUUUAAUUGUGCGUCAAGAUAAAAGAUUUGCCAAUUUGAGUGGUAUUGUCGAGCUCUCUAGAUUGCUAGUGGAAACAAAAAAGCAUAAAACUUAUCCUCUAGUAUAUCGGUUAUUGAAGUUGGCUUUGGUGUUGCCAGUUGCUACCGCAACAGUCGAAAGAUACUUUUCUGCUAUGAAGAUUGUGAAGUCAAAUUUGCGCAACAAAAUCGGUGAUGAAUUUUUGAAUGCUGCAAUGAUAUAUACUAUAGAAAAAGAAGCACUUCUCGCAGUUUCAAAUGAUGAUGUAAUUACUCAAUUUCAAAAGAUGAAAAGUCGUAGGGCACAGUUGUAA